AUGGACUUCGAGUUCACCUCUCGGCCCAGCUCCAACACAAAACCUGUGUGGGCUUCCUCAUCUCAGGAAGACCCACGCACACCGAAAAAACGAUCGCUGGCGGAACUGAACACUCCUUCCCCCGGCUUCCCGCAACCUCAACCGCAUAGCCCAUCAUGGCCUCGAUUUGGCCGGGGGAAUAACGUUCCCUUCCUGUUCCAGGAGCCCGCACCCCACAGCUCACAUUCGCCAGCAUGGGCACCCCCACAGAGCCCCGUCAAGUUCCCCGAGCCUGAGCUGAACGACGUUGAUAUGGCCGACACAAGCUUAGGCGGACAAUCUCCAGAGAAAGGAAAAGAACAUGAUGGAGAUGGAGAGAGGGUGCUGGCUGCAGGUGCGCUGCAGAGGGUGUACAAGAAGCGGAACAGCAGGGAACGUAGUCGCCUCCGGCGACACCGUUCACGAGUGGAAGAUGAAGAGAGCAGCGAAGGAGAGAGCGAUGGUGAUGACGUUGGGCUGGUGACCCGGAAAACCACGAACCACUACACGCUCAACAUGACUGGCCCUUCCGCUCCUCAAUCCGACUCUCAUGUCCGCCUCCUAGGUUAUGUGCAAGUCUUCUUCAACGGGUCACUGGCGGCCAUCGUGGUGUACCUCACCGUCCAGUUUAUCCUCACGAUCCAGCGAGACGUGGAACAUCGCGUCGCUGAAUAUUCAAUGAACAUUGUUCAAGACAUCGCCCACUGUGCCUCAAGCUACAAGGAGAACCUCUGCGCCGAGUCUCGGAUACCCGCAAUGGCUCACCAAUGCUCUGCAUGGGAGGUCUGCAUGAACCGCGAUCCAUCCAAAGUUGGACGCGCCAAGGUUAGCCUGGAGGUCAUGGGCGAGCUCGUGAACUCCUUCGUGGAAGAGAUCAGUUGGAAGACGAUGAUCUUCACCAUCUCUUCCCUCACCCUUGUGACCCUCAUCGUCAACGGAGCGGCGAGCUACUUCCGUAGUCAUCACAACCCUGCGCCGUUCGUUGCUCCGCCACACAUUCCCCCGUAUCCACUCCCUCCGGCAUACGCCGCCAGUCACGGCUACCUCCCUGCACCCCAAGAUUGGCACGAGAAGCCCUGGAAGCACCCUGAAGACGACGCAAGCGUGUACGCUCGCAGGCGUCGGCUGGAAGGCGGUCAGGCGGCGAAGGUCAAGUGA